AUGCCUGCAGAAAUAUCACGAACUGAGCUAAAAGGAUAUGAAGAAAUAACACCACCCUACACUAUAAGGCCAAAGAUUGUGCACUUACAAUAUGAUUCAAAACAGAAAUAUCAAUUCAUUAUCUUUGACACAGAAACGACUUGCACAAGGAAGCUAGCUGAGAUGUGCCAACUGUCAGCUGUAAGUGAAAAUGGGAAACAUGAAUUCUCCACUUACAUUCUCCCAAAAAGCAACACAAGUUACAGUGCCUACCUUGUCAAUGGUAUGACCAUCAAGACCAUAAAAGGAGUAGGGACAUUAUACCAAGGAAACAUUCCUGUCGAAAGUAUAACCAUAGAGCAAGCACUUCGUGACUUCCUGACUUUUAUAACUAAAGUCAAGUCUUCUGAGCGACAUGAAAAUCAAAUAACUGUUUUAAUUGGUCAUAAUUCGGCAACGUUCCAUGUCCCUAUUCUCCUAAGAAAUAGUGAUAAAAAACUUCAAGGAUGGCAUUACUGACAUGAAUGUCUACUUUGCGGAUAGUCUACAUCUGAUGAAAAAACUAAUUAAAAACAAACACAAAGCACUUGAGCUCGAUUCUGGUGGAUACUGUAAACCAAACCAAAGCAGCAUUUAUAACCAUUUGUUCAAGGAACAAUUUGACGCCUAUGAUGCUUUAGAAGAUGUCAGGGCGCUGAGAAAAAUUCUUUUUGAAUCGUCAUUAAGCCUCUCCAGGAAAAACAUCGUUAAGAAUUCCAGUGUCAUCAGUGCUCCCCACGCAGUGGCAAACAUGCUCUACCUAGAUCAACGCCACGAACUUCUUCUAACAUUCAGUGACAACUUGUUCAACGAAACCGACACCGGACCAAUCAAAAGAUCAAUGGCACAAAACAUCGCUGACAGUGGUCUCUCUUACGAUGACCUUCACAAACUGUACAUAAGGUUUGGUAAAAUAGGACUAGUCGCCAUAUUGUCUGAUCCACCAACAACUUCAUCGGCGAAGACACCACGAGUCACAUGGACGAAGAGGAUAUUGGCCGCCAUAGUUUAA